UGGCUAUUUAUUCAUUCUCAUAGGAAUUUCUCGUUUCUUACAAAGAAUUGGGAAUAAUUCAAGCGUCGAAGGCGACAAUGAAGCUGCUCCAUUUGCUGUGGCUGCUGAGCGGCCUGCUCCUGGUGGCCGGCCAGCAGAACAAGGACCCCGCGGCGGCGACCGUGCCGGCGGGCAACGCCACUGCCACUGUUGCACUGGCUCCAGGAUCGAAAUCUUCAGGAUCGGAAUCUCCAGGAUCGAAAUCUCCAGGAUCGGGAUCAGGAUCACCGGUUGCUACGGUUGCUCCGCUGGCGGACAAAAAGGACAACCAUACCAGCACGGCGGAGGCUCCGGGCAAGAAAAGGAACCGCACGGACACGGGUUUGCCUUCGUCCUCCGCACCAGUGGCCACUUCCUCCUCCUCCGCCGCCACGUCUUCUUCUUCUACCACGACCACCACCACCAGCACCACCACCAGUACCACCACCACUACUGCCAAGCCAGCUGUGGGAUCACCCAUAGUCACCGAAGGCCAGUCGCUGAAGGAUGUCACCAGGACUUCCUCCUCCUCUUCCUCCUCCAGCACCACCACCACCACUUCAACUACUACCACCACAACCACCACCACACCGAAGCCCAUGAAACCGGCGGUGGUCAAGAGCACGGAGGUUGACAAGCAGGAGCUGGAGAAGAGCCCCGAGAAGAACGGCACACAGGAGCUGCCCGCCAUUGCUGCGCCACCGGAGCCCAUUGUGCAGGGCCUGACCGGGAGCAGCAAUCUGGCCGAUCGCGGCGACAACGGCUAUGUGGUGCCCAUUGUCACCGUGCUGCUGACCGUGCCGCUGGCCAUCGGCGUGGUGACCAUCAUGUACCGACGCUUCCGCGACAUGUGGAGCACCAGGCACUACCGCCGCAUGGACUUCCUCGUGGACGGCAUGUACAACGACUGACGAAGGCGGGCGAAGACCUCCUCCACCUCCAGCGCCCUGGGAUGAUGAUGAUGAUGAUGAUGAUUAUUAGUUGUUUAAGAAGGGAUUCGCUUGCAUUCAAUGCAAGAUCGAUCCGCAUAUGAUGAUAUUGCUCAGUCAAUUAGGAGGAGGAGAAUAGGGGAUUAUUCGCUAGCCUUCCGAGCGGCCAAAUUGAAUUUAAACCAACUGAUUUUCUACGCUAAAUUCGAGCGGGCUUUUACGUUUAAGCAUUUUGGAUCUAUUACCAAGCAUUUGUUACCAAUCAAAUUGAUACCGACACCUAUAUAUUAAUAUAUAUGUAUCCUGUAUAUCCUAUCUACUUAAGACUCUGUACACCAGUUCGCUGUAUAUUGGAAUCGGACAUCAGACGAAGCAAAAGCAACCUCAGAGAAAAGCAUCAUCAGCGCAAUUAGCAAUCACACCCAUUGAAUCCACAAUCUAGCCGUAAUGUGCCUUACGAACCAGCUCUAUAUAUAAUAUACUAUAUAUGAUAUACCUUUACACACGAUAUUCAAAUAUUCAGAUAUUCUCCAUCUCCGAAGCUAGCGAGAUGCAUAGUUCUCCGCAUUUACUUUGCGCAACACACACAAGUAACGCAACACUCACUCAAGAAAAGCAGCAGAAACCAAAAAUCACAAGCAAUCGGCCUGAAACAAGCAACAUUUAUUGCAUUACGAUAUAUAUAUAUAGUGUAUACACAUAUAUUUCUUGUUGUUAUCAACGUAACAAUUUCAAUAAAGCGAAAGGCAGUCAAAUUGAAUUUUAAA